CGCUCGGGUGCACCAUGUUUCUCCACUCAGUCAACCUCUGGAACUUGGCGUUCUAUGUCUUCAUGGUAUUUCUGGCUACCCUGGGGCUGUGGGAUGUCUUCUUCGGCUUCGAGGAGAACAAGUGCAGCAUGAGCUACAUGUUCGAGUACCCGGAGUACCAGAAAAUAGAACUUCCAAAGAAACUGACAAAGCGUUACCCAGCAUAUGAGUUAUAUCUUUAUGGAGAAGGAUCGUACGCUGAAGAACACAAAAUUCUCCCUUUGACAGGAAUUCCUGUUCUCUUUCUUCCUGGUAAUGCUGGAAGCUAUAAGCAAGUUCGCUCUAUCGGCUCGAUUGCACUUAGGAAAGCAGAAGACAUCGACUUCAAAUACCACUUCGAUUUCUUCAGUGUCAACUUCAAUGAAGAACUGGUGGCAUUGUAUGGGGGAAGCCUUCAGAAGCAGACCAAGUUUGUGCACGAAUGCAUUAAAGCCAUUCUCAAACUCUACAAGGGUCAAGAAUUUGCUCCUACAAGUGUAGCAAUAAUUGGUCACUCUAUGGGUGGCCUUGUAGCCAGAGCGUUGCUUACACUGAAAAAUUUUAAACAAGAUCUGAUAAAUCUUCUUGUUACACAAGCUACUCCUCAUGUGGCCCCUGUGAUGCCGUUAGAUCGUUUCAUUACAGAGUUUUAUAUGACUGUAAACAACUAUUGGAUUUUAAAUGCUCGGCACAUAAAUUUGACUACACUUUCUGUGGCUGGAGGAUUCCGGGAUUACCAAGUUCGUUCAGGACUGACUUUUCUACCAAAAUUAAGCCAUCAUACCAGUGCCUUAUCUGUUGUGAGCUCGGCAGUGCCUAAGACCUGGGUCUCAACAGACCAUCUCUCCAUCGUGUGGUGUAAACAAUUGCAGUUGACUACAAUUCGAGCGUUCUUUGAUCUUAUUGAUGCCGAUACCAAACAAAUAACUCAAAAGCCUAAGAAGAAAUUGUCUGUUUUGAAUCAUCAUUUUAUAAGACACCCAGCUAAACAGUUUGAGGAAAAUCCAUCCAUAAUUUCUGACCUAACAGGGACAUCUAUGUGGGUUCCAGUGAAAGUGUCCAGAUGGUCCUAUGUGGCUUAUAAUGAAUCUGAUAAGAUUUACUUUGCAUUUCCUCUUGCAAAUCAUAGAAAAGUCUUCACUCAUGCCUAUUGUCAGAGCACCAUGCUGGAUACAAAUAGUUGGAUUUUUGGCUGCAUAAACAGCACUUCCAUGUGCCGGCAAGGGGUUGAUUUAUCAUGGAAAGCUGAACUGUUGCCAACAAUUAAGUCUCUGACGCUACGACUUCAGGACUACCCAUCCCUGUCGCAUAUUGUUGUCUAUGUUCCGUCCGUCCACGGAAGUAAGUUUGUUGUAGACUGUGAAUUCUUUAAGAAAGAAGCAAGAUCCAUACAGCUUCCUGUAACUCACCUUUUUUCCUUUGGAUUGUCUUCCAGGAAGGCUAUAUUAAAUACAAACGGCCUUUACUACAACCUAGAGCUGCUGAACUUUGGACAGAUAUACCAAGCUUUUAAAGUCAACGUGGUCAGCAAGUGCACUGGAAGCAAAGAAGAAAUAACUAGUAUCUAUAAACUUCAUAUUCCUUGGUCUUACGAAGAUUCACUAACCAUUGCACAGGUUCCGUCUUCCACAGACAUUUCUCUGAAGCUUCAUGUUGCUCAGCCAGAUAAUGACAGCCAUGUGGCACUGUUAAAAAUGUACACAUCAUCAGACUGUCAGUAUGAGGUGACAAUUAAGACUUCCUUUCCACAAAUACUUGGACAGGUAGUUAGAUUUCAUGGUGGAGCUCUUCCUGCCUACGUCGUGUCUAGCAUCCUUCUUGCUUAUGGAGGACAGUUGUACUCUCUCCUCUCAACAGGUUAUUGCUUAGAAUAUGGUACCAUAUUGGAUAAAGAAGCCAAACCAUACAAAGUUGACCCAUUUGUAAUUAUGAUUAAGUUUUUGUUGGGGUAUAAAUGGUUUAAGGAAUUAUGGGAUGCAGUAUUAUUACCGGAAUUAGAUGCCCUCGUUUUGACUAGUCAAAGUAUGUGUUUCCCUCUCGUGUCUCUGAUUCUCUUUCUGUUUGGAACAUGUACUGCGUACUGGAGUGGCCUGCUCUCUUCCACGUCUGUGCAGCUGCUUUCUUCAGUGUGGCUAGCUCUGAAAAGACCUGCUGAACUUCCUAAAGAUAUCAAGGUGAUAUCACCAGACUUGCCUGUUUUGACAGUUGUCUUUCUCAUAGUGAGUUGGACCACGUGUGGAGCACUUGCCAUACUCCUGUCCUAUCUGUACUAUGUGUUUAAGGUUGUUCAUCUGCAAGCCAGCCUAACAACAUUUAAAAAUAAUCAGCCAGUGAAUCCCAAACACUCUAGAAGAAGUGAAAAGAAGUCCAACCACCAUAAAGACUCUGCCAUCCAAAACCUCCGCCUAUGUGCCAAUGAUGCUGAAGAUAGCCUGCGCAUGCACAGUACCGUGAUUAACUUGCUGACGUGGGUUGUGCUGCUCAGUAUGCCGUCUCUAAUCUACUGGUUAAAGAACCUUAGGUAUUAUUUUAAACUUAGUCCUGACCCGUGCAAACCCCUGGCGUUUCUCCUUAUCCCAGCCACUGUGAUUCUCGGAAACACUCACACAGUUUCAAUAAAGUCAAGUAAGUUGCUGAAGACUGCCUCCCAGUUCCCACUCCCUCUGGCUGUUGGGGUGAUCGCUUUCGGCUCCUCCCAUUUAUACAGGGUCCCGUGUUUCGUGAUCAUCCCUCUUGUAUUCCAUGCCUUAUGCAACUUUAUGUAGGACUGGACUUACAGAAGGAGAAGCAGCUCCUGCCUGCAGGACCAAUGACAAAGUGAACAUACAGCCCUACCACCAGGAACAGUGAGGUCCUCUGGAGAAGACAAGUCUAUUUUUACAGUAUUGAAGAUAGGAAAUUAGUUUUGUAAUGCUUGAGGGAAGUAGUGGAAGCAUGGUUUCGGUUCGUGGUGUAGCAUCUGUAUACUUGUCAUAUCUGAGAAAUUAGUGAAGGGAUAUUGUGGCUUCUGUCUUACGGACUCCUGUACAUACCAACUAGCUUUCAUCCGCCGUCCCAGGGACCUUCUAGAGACCUGUAGAUGCAGUGUUGUUUGCAACCUAAGUGAAACGUCUGCUAGUUUCAUCAGACUUUCUUUUGAAAAGUGGGUUUUAUAUUUGUUAUAAUUUACAUAUUCAAAAUAAGUCUUAAAAGAUUGUUAAAAGUGACAACUGUUUUCUCAGAAGAGAAAUAGUCAUGAAGGAGUGUGGUCAGUUUUUGGCAGCCAUGGUGGACAAAGUUUGAUCCAUCGUCUUACAUCUGAAAAAGAACCUCAAAUUAAAGGGAGACUUUUUUGUUAACUGCUGCAAUUCAGAUUCAAGAAAUAACAUUUAUAUGAGCUUUCAAAUAUGAAUCUUACUAUGUACACUUGGUGAAUAUUAGAGGCAUGGAAGAGAUCUAUCAAAAGACGUGUUAUCAAAAGAAUUUUCUUACAGAUUCUGCAUUGGCACAGCCAGUCUCUGCCCCUGGCUUAAAUCCUUGCCCCAGUGGUUGCCCGGAGUGCCUGUAGCAGGGAGAGUUUAUUAAAGGGAUAACUCAGAGGCUGAGGCAACUCUGGGUGUGCAUCAGUUGUUUAUCUACCGAGGAGGAAUGGUCUCAGCAUAAAUACAACAUUGCACUUGAUGUACAGAACUGUAUACGAAUAGAGGGACAGUGGGCAGCCAUUACUGGAUUAGUACUAAAAACGUGACCACUGCCUGAGUCGAUAGCACACCCACGUCACUCAUUAAGAACAGAAUCUUGGCUUAUAGAGGUGUCUCCUAAGACUACAAUUUUGCCACUAGGGCGUAACAUUUUAUUUCAUUUCCAAUUAUAGUUUAUUCUUAGCUACAGAAAAAUAAGAAGGUUGCGAGCUUGAAGCAUAUAGUUGCUCUUUGCCUUCAGUUAGAAUAAACUCAAGCUGAGUCAGACCUGUGUCAUAGAGCCCUUCACUUAGACGUGUGUUCUGUAAAUGUCCUUAAGCCUUUCCUGUGAAGUCCUCCAGUGUUAGCGAAUUCACAGUUGCACUUGUGAACUUAUGUCCUCCUACCUUGGUACCCAGGACCGGCACUGAGAGAAUCAGCUUCGUCUUACCUGCUGUUACACCGAGUAACAACCUCUCAGCUACUACUGCCAACCAGAGGGCUACUCCCAUGUCAGCCACGUCAGUUCUUCCCUGGAUCUCUCCUCGUUCAGCAUUAGUGAGAGGGUCACAUUAUCACCACAGAAGUUAGUUUGUGUGAUUCCAUUGCUGUCUGACAGGCAUUGUGCUUGUUAAGUAUUCAUAAUUUCACUUAUUAAGACUUUUAAACAAAAGCUGUUGUGCUAGAUGUGAAAACCUUUUAGUCUCUUGUUUUAGAAGAGUGUCAAGAGGAAUAAACUAUACCAUAGUGUCUAUUGAGUACCCGAGAGUGAGUUCAUUGGAUAAUUACAGUUUUCUCAUGGCACAACACUUACGUAUCUAAGUCGGGAUGUAUCUGCUCUAAUUUUGCUGGAGAUGUGCGGCCUCUCUGCUCAUGCUUGUCUUUCAUUCUGUCAGUGGUAUUAUAGACGGAUCUCAACUUAAUGGCACUGAAUACUUUAACUUUCUGAAUUUGAACAUACAUCUACACACAGAAAGAACUUUACAAAAUUUGGUAUUAGACUUUUUGACAGCCAUGAUUAUUUAUUUAUGAGAUCUAAAGCCUCCCUGCCUAGCCAGUACUGCUCAUGAAUGAGAUGUAUCAAGUCUGAUUUCUUACUUGUGAGUAGUAUAUUUGUUAUUAAAGCACACUAAUUCUCACAGCAAUAUUUUUGUCUGAAAGUACUAACUCCUUAAGCCCUUAAAGUCUACUUAUGCCAGUAAAAUAUUUCCAAUAAUAGUAGUCUGGGUCUUCAGCCAUUUGCCACGCAUACUCACAGACACACACUCACACAUAAACACAGAUGGGCAUUCUUUGAUAGAAUCUUCAUCAAGCAUUCAGACACAGAAAGCUAGGUAGACUCUAUCUGAUUAAGAAAAGUACUAUCCCUUAAAAGGAAAUCAUUUUAUAUACACAUCACAUACUUUUAUCUAUCAUGUUUACAUAAAUAUUAGUUACGUUAGCGAUUAAUACAGCAAAUUUUUGAGUUCUGCUUUUGUUGGGUUUUUUUGUUUGUUUUGUUUUUAAAGAAAUUGAGCCUUUGGGUAAAUGUACUUAUUUAAUAACUGUGUUCUUGUAAAUAGAUCGGGUAUAUAUAUGACAGUUAAUCUGAUUAUUAUUGAGUACUUAGUAUUUUUGCAAUGUCCUCAUAGAUUAUUGCUAUUAUAAUUUAGACCUGAUAACUUCUGUUGAAGAUUCAUUUUUGUAUGUAUGUCUGCAGGUACUCAUUGUGGCCAGCAGAGGGCGGUAGAUCUCUUAGAACUGGAGUUGUAGGUGGGUUGUGAGUUGCUGGUUGUCAAUGCUAGGAACCAAACUCAAACCCUCCAGAACAGCAAAUGCUCUUACCUAAGCCUUCUCUCCAGCUCCUGGACCUGAUAAUUAGGUAGAAAUUGCUAUUGCAAUUGUGUGUCUAUGUGAAUGAGCAUACCAGGAGUUGAAUCUGGAGCCUGUGUAUGUUAAUUAUGUUCUAUACUGAGUAUUACACAGCUUGUCUAGAUUCAUUUUGUGCCAAAAUUAUGUAAAUUUUAUGCUUUUCUUGGUUAUCACUAUGAUGAAAACUUCUAAAGAAACCAUUGAAGCUUGAUUAACACUGACUUUUGAGGCUGCCCUAUAUAUUGAUCAUGUAUUGAUUAGUCUUUUAAAUCUUUUUCUAUUUUAGUUAUAUAAUUUCAGCUGUCUAUGAAGGGAUAGUUUUUACUGAGUGAUCUAUAAUAGUCUCUAUAUAAUUGUCAUACAUGUGAACAUGACACAUUUUCACAAUGCUUACAAGUCAUACAAGGCCGAUUGACUUAUUAUCAAGUCCCUGUACAUUUUCUUAGCCUUUACUCUUGUCAUUUAUGGCCUAGUGUGUUCAUUUCACCAUGCACUCUGUUAAUCCCUCCUACGGAAGAUGCUGAAGUAGAGGGAAGCAGAACUCGGUUUUUAGUUCCUGAAAGCUGCAGGAGGCACAUGGGAAGUAGGCCUGGAGAGAUUUUUCAGAAAGUCACGUGCCUGUGGUGCAAAUGUGAGGACCCAGGUGUAGACUGCCAGAAUCCACGUGAGAAACUGGCUAACUAGUGCAUGCCUGUAAUCCCAGUGGUGGGCGGUGGAGACAGAUAGAUCUUCCAGGAUUGCUGGACAGCCAGCCUGGCCAUAUUGGCAAGCCUCAGGAUCAGUGAAAGAUCCUGUGUCUAAAAUGAGAUGGAACAUGAUUGAGGGAGACACCCAGCAUUGACCUCUGCCCCACCCGUCUGACCUCUCUCUCUCUCUGCACUUUUAUGUAUACACAUGGGUGCACAUACAUGAACAUGUACACACACACAAAUACUCAAGAGAUGUGGAUCCACAAAUACCAUGAGGUAAACUAGAGUUGUUGAUCUCAUAAUGAUGGGAUAAAUCUGGUGCCGCAUAUUUCUCAUUAAUCAGGUCUGAAUUAGUGCAUUGUCUUGCAUUAUUUGGUUUGGUGCAAACUUUUAGAAUGCUGUAUUUGAACAUAUAGGAAGUGGUUCUAAAAAAAUCAUUUGGGAAAAAUCCAGAAGUAUGUUGAUAUGUUGGAUAGCUAGGUUUUUGUUGAUUGUUUUUCAUCCAUGUGGAAGAUUUGUGAAUUUGUAUAUCAUAGGGAACGAGACUGUGAAGUCCAUUUGGUCACAGUCCAUUUGGGGAGUAUGACACUUGCCCGAAUAAAGGGAACCAUGGGAGUUUCUGUGUUUAAGACAUUACUUCCUUCCAGGAAAGCUUCCUUAGCAGAUAAAGUAAAUAUAGGACUCACCCUACAAACUGUAAGAUGGAGAACUGGAAUUUUAUAGGAGACUUUUUGAACAAGAAACAUAAUUCUGUGGAUAUCUACUCUUUCAACAUAAGGCUUACUGAUGUGUGAGGAAAUUAAGUAAGUGCUGGGCACCUCACGUUCCUGACUUUUCAUAGGAUUAUGAGAAAUGGAAGUCAGAUCAGCAGUCCAAAUGUGUGCUCUAAAUGCUUAAACUUCUGCAUUUGUGAAACAUAUCGUGAAUAAAUAGAAACAGAAUUUUGUAUGUUGGUAGCUUGGUUGUAAGAACAGAGUAAGAGUUGGCAAUGCUGAUGGUUGGCUAGUUGUUACUCUGUCAAUACUGUAAAUGUAGCAGUGCACCUAGGGUGACCAUGUGUUUCAAAGUUGGCAGUUAUCUAAGCUAUAACUUGAUUAACAUGUGUGAAUAAUAAUUUUAAAAUCAAGAACAGUUUUUUUUAAGUGCUUGGCAUGUUAUGCUGCAAAAAAAAGAAAAAAAACCCGUAUUCUAAGAAAUCAGUUAAUUUCUGAUGACUUGAUGUAGAAUUGGUAUCUUGAGUCAGAAUCAACCUAUAAUCAUUCUGUACAUUGUUGAUUUGAACAUCAGUGGGAAACUAUAUCUAUUGGUAUUUAGUAUAAACUUUGCAUAUCUGAAUUCUAAUCUUAGUCUAAGAAGCCCGUGGGGAGCCAUUUUGUAAAGUUCACGUGCUAUUUUAAAUGUUUUUAUUUUUAGUAUUUGUAAGGUAGUGAUGUUACUAUGGCAAAAGUUUAUAGACACCAUGUAGCACUACUAACUGCUCUAGAGCCUAAAAGACGGUGUAUUUUGUAUUUCAUGUAUACCUUUUCUGUUUCAUAUUGGACUUUUUACAUCCCUUUUUUAGGAAAAAAGAAUACAUUUAAAUUCUUUUUAGGGUAAUCUGUAUUGGAAACUAAGUAUUCUCACAGUUAGCAAACAUACUUUACCACCAAAGCUAAAUGAAACUGUAAGAUACCUCUGGAUAUUUGUGCCAAUGAGCUUUUCUUAGUAAUUUGGGGUUAAAACAAAAGUAAUCUUUUCAGUAUUUUUCAUCUAGGACUUACAAUAAAUGUGGAUAUCAUAAAAACGUGUUCCAUGCUUGGCUUUUCUUUGAAAAAUUUCAAAGCUUUAGAAUAGUGUGUUCUGUGUUCUCUUGUGUCUGGUUUCCUGACAUUGCUGGGUAAAGGAUGAACCCACUCAGUAGUAAUCUUUGAGCAGUUAAUUGAGGUAACCAUGUGAAGUAAUCUGACUUUGGCUUGUUUUGUGGUGUAAAAAAAAUCAAUUGUUUUGCACAAUCCAUUUUUGGUGUAGGUGUCUGGUUUAUACAAUUAAAAGCUUGCCCUGUGGGGUUUGUUUUGCUUUCUGUAUGCCUCUGAUCAUUCAGUCCCUAGUGUUUAUCCAGUAAAACCUAAUAUAGUACAAUAAGGCAAACCAUUUAGCAUGCACAUCUUGUGCCAAAUACUAUGAAAUACAGUUGUUAAUGAAAACCCUGGCAUUGAUAGGAUGUUAGACAAAACUAGAACCAUAGCAGGUGCCGAAACCACUGUGGAGUCAGGGGAACUCUAGUUACUCCUCAGAGGAAUGGCAUGGAAUGGCAGUGUUUCGUUUUAGUUUGGCCUAGCAUUUUCUACUGCUUCUUUACCCUACAGUACUGAAAUGUUGGUACAUUUUUCAUAAGUUAGUCUCACAAGUGAAGAGACAGCACAGAAAGCCACAUACUGAAAUAUUUGGUCUUAAUCAAGUGAUGAUUAUCUACAUAACUGUUGGGGACUCUGGAUAAAUUAGUAGAAAGAUAGUUUGUCAGAGCUGGCUUCAGGACGUUCUGUCUGCUGGAAGGAGUUUGUCGUCUGUGUGCAGUGGUCUUAGCCUAAGUGGGAGAUUCCUGUCCUUAACAUAACCAGGUUCUGUGCAUCGAGGCAGAGAUUUGUAAGAGUUCUUGUACAAAUCUCCUCCUCUCCUGCUGUGUGGUUGGGAGAGAAAUGUUCAUUUUUAUUGUUCAUAAAUUAGGAAGUUGUGCUGCAUACUUAUAUUUUUUUGAAAAUAGGCACUGACAUGUAUCAUUUUGAAGUGAUGCUGUGGUUUCUUAAACUUAGGACAACUAUAAAUGUAGCAACAUGCCCAAGAUAACCAAAACUGAAUAUAACCCAUCACUGUGAACGUGAACUUAAUUUGGGACAAAACAGACUGUGCCUUAAAAUGACAAAGCGAUGCCCUGCAAUCCUGUAACUGUAUUUUACUAUGGGUGGUCUUCUCGAGAUUGUUUGAAAUCCCUUUCUUUCAAGCUGUUGAAAUAAAAGUUUUAAGUACCAAUUGACUCACACUUUAGUAUUCACAUAGCUGCUGUUCCUGAGGCCACCCUCAAUUUCCAGAGCUUUUUUGUUGUUUGUUUUUUAAUUUUAAUUUAAAAUUGACUUAGUCUGAAUAUAUGUGAGAAAUUAGGUUUGGCUAAAGUUUCUGGGAGAAAAUAUUUUAAGGAUAGUUAAACGGCACUUCUGUUUCUAAACUUGCUGAAUAUGGAAAAAUUAACCACUGAAAUGUAUCUUUGUCUUAUUGAUAAUAAUCUUAUCAAAGAUAUGAGUUCCUUCUGAGACUUUUGCUCAGUGCUGUGGCAGAUUGAGACACAUUUAUAUUUCAAAUAAGGGUUAUUAGAUUUAUGGUAAUUAUUUCCCAGUGACUAAACUCAAAUGAAUGUAGGGGUUUUUUAAAUCAUUACUUUAAAUGUUUUUCCUGCCUCAUUAUUUUUAUGAUAUCAAGGGAGAAUUAGCUUCUCUGUUUUUAAUUUAAUGUAAAGUCUUAUAUUUUUAUGUGCUUAUUUAAAAUAAUGAGUGUUUCUGCUAAAGUCCAAAUUACUCAAUUUCCAGUAUAAAGAAUUCACAUUCUUUGCCCAAAGAUGCCCACGUAUCUGGGUACUCAGUCUGUUGUUUAUUUUUACAUGUUACUUUUGGGCAUAAACUCAAUGUAUUUCUUCCUAGUUCACCUCCAUUACAAUUAAAGUUUUAUAUUUAAAUAAGAGUCUCUUAAAACUAUGUAGAAAUCACACUGUGUCUUUUUUAAAAGCCCAGUCAGAUUGACAAAGAAGUUGUGCAGGCAGUGGGUGUAAAAUGAGAUCAGUUUCUACCUUGUGGUUAAGUGUUUAGAGCACGUACUCCUCGUGGCUUCUGAGGGAGACUGUGUACAGUGAUCAUUUAUUUGUACACUGGUUAUGUUCCCAUCCAUAAAGUGUAGUGUAGUAAUGCGUUGUGCAGGGUGCCUGUCCUGAAGUGACCACUGAGACCAGUCUCAGCCAGAUCUCCCUGUCUCAACGUGCAUGCUCGUCUCCAGUGCAGUGUGGCGUGUGCAGUGCGCUAAAUACACAUGCGUGUAAUUUUCUGUGUAUUUUUGGUAUGGUGUAAUUAACAACUGUUACAUUUAACUGGUUGUAAUUUGGGGGAAAUUGCUACAUAUUCUACUUUGUAGAGUGUUGUGAAUUUUUUUAACCUGUGUUUCAGCAUUAUGAUGUAGUUUUAUUAUGUGAAUGUUUGCCUUCAGUCUCUGCUCAGGUAUUAACAUGUAGCGAUUUUUGGUGCUUUGUUUUUAAUUUGUCAUAACCUAGUGUUCUGAAUGUUCAAAAAUAAAUUUGGUGAAUAAGUACAUUUGG